GUGAAGGGACUUCUUCCUGAAGACAGAGCUAGGGCUGUGGGUAAGCAAUGCAGGAAGGCAUUUCGGUUCUAUCCGAGGAAAAUUGUGCUAACUUUUGGAGCUGUCUCAAAGCCGAACUAGUAAGCUCCCUGUCACAGGAUGUACUUGACCUAAGGGCGCUGAACCACCUCUGUCAGAGAUGGUGCAUCCCCCACCAGAUAUGACUCCAGGAUGCGGAGCCUGGGGUCAGAUCUGCAAAUCAGGUAACAGCGGCACUCACUUCCCGGGUCUUUGUGAGCAUUAAGUCAAUGCACCCAGGGCACCAAAGCGCGCAACACGCAGUAGGCGCUCAGUUAGUGGUAACUGCCUCGCUCUGUACUCCGGGAAGCCCAGCGUUCUCUCUGGGCCUGUUUCUCCCGCCGUCCUCGAUGGCGUCACAGUAGGUACUUUCGGGUUCGACCUCCCGAGCAGCUCCACACCCUGAGGCCCCGCGGCAUUUUGCAGCCGAGGCACCCCUCAGAGUUGGCGGCCACUGGGAACUGCGCCCCGGGUGGUCCCUAGUCCCGCCCCCGCCCCGUCUAGCCCCGCCCCUUCCCCGAUGGCCCCGCCCCCUCCCUCUCCCGCUGGAGCCGGCCCGGCCCGCGCUCCUUUAAGGCAGCAAGCAGUCAGAGAGCUUGUUUCGCCCCCUCCGACGCCGCCGAGGUAGCGGCUUCACCUUUAAGGCGGCGCGGGGGCUGCUGGGAAGUCCGGCGAGAUGGAGGCGGCGGGACCGACUCGCGAUUUCGGGUCCCGGUGAAGCGGCCGACAGCGGGAGCCGAAGCCGGAGCCGGGCCCGAGCAGCAGGCGCAGGCCUGGCACCCGCCUGCCCCCUCGUCCUCACAGACGGCACAACCAUGGCCAUGAUGGUGCUUCCGCGGGAGGAGAAGUUGAGCCAGGAUGAGAUCGUGCUGGGCACCAAGGCCGUCAUCCAGGGACUGGAGACUCUGCGUGGGGAGCAUCGUGCCCUGCUGGCUCCUCUGGUUGCGCCUGAGGCCGGUGAAGCCGAGCCUGGCUCGCAGGAGCGCUGCAUCCUCCUGCGUCGCUCCCUGGAAGCCAUUGAGCUUGGGCUGGGGGAGGCCCAGGUGAUCUUGGCACUGUCGAGCCACCUGGGGGCCGUAGAAUCAGAGAAGCAGAAGCUGCGGGCGCAGGUACGGCGCCUGGUGCAGGAGAACCAGUGGCUGCGUGAGGAGCUGGCGGGCACACAGCAGAAGCUGCAGCGCAGUGAGCAAGCUGUGGCCCAGCUCGAGGAGGAGAAGCAGCACCUGCUGUUCAUGAGCCAGAUCCGCAAGUUGGACGAAGACGCCUCCCCUAAUGAGGAGAAGGGGGACGUCCCCAAAGACACUCUGGAUGACCUGUUCCCCAAUGAGGAUGAGCAGAGCCCAGCCCCUAGCCCAGGAGGAGGGGAUGUGUCUGCUCAGCAUGGGGGAUACGAGAUUCCGGCCCGGCUCCGUACCCUGCACAACCUGGUGAUCCAGUAUGCCUCACAGGGCCGCUACGAGGUAGCUGUGCCACUCUGCAAGCAGGCACUGGAGGACCUGGAGAAGACCUCAGGCCACGACCAUCCUGACGUUGCCACCAUGCUGAACAUCCUGGCACUGGUCUAUCGGGACCAGAACAAGUACAAGGAGGCUGCCCACCUGCUCAAUGACGCUCUGGCCAUCCGGGAGAAGACACUGGGCAAGGACCACCCGGCUGUGGCUGCAACACUAAACAACCUGGCGGUCCUGUAUGGCAAGCGGGGCAAGUACAAGGAGGCUGAGCCACUGUGCAAGCGGGCGCUGGAGAUCCGGGAGAAGGUCCUGGGCAAGUUUCACCCAGACGUGGCUAAGCAGCUCAGCAAUCUGGCCCUGCUAUGCCAGAACCAGGGUAAAGCCGAGGAGGUAGAAUACUACUACCGGCGGGCACUGGAGAUCUAUGCUACACGCCUUGGGCCUGAUGACCCCAACGUGGCUAAGACCAAGAACAACCUGGCUUCCUGCUACCUGAAGCAGGGCAAGUACCAGGAUGCAGAGACCUUGUACAAGGAGAUCCUCACCCGCGCUCACGAGAAAGAGUUUGGCUCUGUCAAUGGGGACAACAAGCCCAUCUGGAUGCAUGCAGAGGAGCGGGAGGAGAGCAAGGAUAAGCGCCGGGACAGCGCCCCCUAUGGGGAAUACGGCAGCUGGUACAAGGCCUGUAAAGUAGACAGCCCCACGGUCAACACCACCCUGCGCAGCUUGGGAGCCCUGUACCGGCGCCAGGGCAAACUGGAAGCCGCACACACGCUAGAGGACUGUGCCAGCCGCAAUCGGAAGCAGGGUUUGGACCCCGCAAGCCAGACCAAGGUGGUGGAACUGCUGAAAGAUGGCAGUAGCGGGCGGGGAGACCACCGUGGCAGCCGAGACGUGGCUGGGGGUGCCGGGCCUCGGUCUGAGUCUGACCUCGAGGAGGCAGGGCCUACACCUGAGUGGAGUGGGGAUGGCAGUGGCUCCUUGCGGCGCAGUGGCUCCUUUGGGAAGCUCCGGGAUGCCCUGAGGCGCAGCAGCGAGAUGCUGGUAAAGAAGCUGCAGGGGGGCAGCCCCCAGGAACCCCCUAACCCCAGGAUGAAGCGGGCCAGUUCCCUCAACUUCCUCAACAAGAGUGUGGAAGAGCCAGCCCAGCCUGGAGGCACAGGUCUCUCUGACAGCCGCACUCUCAGCUCCAGCUCGAUGGACCUCUCCCGACGAAGCUCCUUGGUGGGCUAAUGCUGAAGGGGCAGCCAGUCAUCAGAGUGCCCACCUGGCACACACCCCCCCUCACCCCAGCCCUGCGCAUGGGCCUGCUGCUUGUCCCGCCUCUCCCUAAUGGCCCCUGUCUUUUCUGUUCAAUCUCAGGGUAACCUUCUCCCUUGUCAUCUCAGCCUGAGCCCUGGAGGCUGGGCCUGCCCACUCCAGCUCGAUCCCUUAUUUAUUCCUUCCAGCAGGGCCCUCUCUUCCCUAGGUUCGUGGUCAGCAGGAGGUGCCGGCUGGAGUCUCCACGAUAGACUCAGUGGCCUGGCCUCCCCAAACCCCAGAGCCAAGAACACUAAGCACUCGCCGGCCCUUUGGCACCCUCACCCGCCUUCCCAAGUCAACCCGGCCGUUGCUUCUGUAUAUAGAGAAAUAAGUUAUUGGCCGCGCCCCUGCCUUCAGUCCACGGUACUACCCGGGCCUCCCCUGUCCCUCCUCUAGUGGUACCGCCCAGGCCUUAAUCACCCCCAUUCCGUGCGGUGGUAUCUCCCAGGCCCCACAUUCUCGGGAGUGGCGCUUCCCAAGGGGGUACCUUGACCUUCUCGCUCUCCUCCUGGGAUGCGCCCUACCCCGCCUUCGCCCUGUGCUCCAGGACGGGGGACCUCCCGUAGUCCGUCCUCCCACCGCCGGGCCCUGCCCCGCAUCCCGGCCUUAUGCACUGCCCCUCCCGCCCGGCCCCGCCCAGGCACGGCCAGACCCUGCCCCGGGUACCGCCCGCCGAGCCAUCCUGCCACGCCUACCCCCACGCCUGCAGCUUCUCCUGAGGGGCGGCGACGGUCCCCUGUGGCAGGAGGGGCUGUCCCUGUUGCGGGUGAGGCGGCUGCUCUCUAUUUUCAGAUGUUGCUCUAGAAAUAAAGACGGUUUGAAUCCGA